CGAUGAUACGGUUCUUGAGGGUGACAUCGCGGAUGCAGAGCGGUCGGAAAAGGGUGGGGGUUUCGGGGCCUGGGUUAACAGCUGCACCGGGGUUGUUGACGGGCGUGUAGUAUGGUAUCUUGGGCGCCCCGAUAGCGCGCGGUGACUGAAAUGAGGAACCCAUUGUGGCUAGUUGUUGAUGGGUUGUUAUCAUGGGCUGUGCUGCGCAAUUUGUCUUUUUCUUUGUUGUUAAUGGAACAUCACCGACGGAUGGAGCAUCCGGGGAUGUGCUCGGCUGGAGAUCACCUGGAGCUCGAUUCGUAACCGCCUUGCCAAUAUUCAUUUGUUUUGCCUCGGAGUAUACGGAAUAUAGUCUUCGGCCGGCGCUAGUACUGUGGUCCAGAGGAGUGACAAAUGUCGAAGCAAGGCUAUAGAAGUUCCUAGGAAUCAGCGACUCUGACGGUUCUGAAGGUCAUAUCCCCGGAAAGGGCCUACAAAGCAUUGCAUCCGCAGAUCCUCCCAAGCACAGCUAUUCCGGGGACCGCUAGCGAGGGGUCCACUCAACGCGGUCAGAUUAUGACUUUAGAAUCUGCAUUUGUCAAAUGCAAAUGAAACCUAUGUCAAGAGUGUAAUGAGUAUCCUCUACUGGUCCUUCCUACAGCAAUCGUUCCACAGACAGUCUCAUAGAUACGCACUCCAAUGAUCGAAUCACCGUGUCAGGUGCACAUCCCUCAUACGGAUGUUGCCUCCUUUGUCUUCAACUCAGGAACUGCGAGUUCGCGCGAGUCACCACAGUACUUUGAUGCCGCUUCUCCAUCAAAGUGUUUUAGCUUGGCGCAGGCUGAGGUAUGGGUCAAGCAAUUCGCAAAGGGCCUACAAGACCUCGGGCUUGGGGCAGACGAUAAAAUCCUCCUGUUCUCGGAGAAUCGCCUUUACUUCCCUGUCCUUCUUUGGGGAGUUCUUGCUGCACGCUGUGUUUUCACGGCGGCCUCACCUAGUGCAUCUCUCAGAGAGCUGGAUUAUCAACUUCGGAAUUCCGAUGCCAAGAUCCUGUUCACCGGCCAGAAGCAGGCUUGCGUGGCUUUGGAAGCCGCGGCUCAAGCGGGUCUUGGUCACAAGAACGUGUAUCUCUUCUGCGAUCCUGAUGAGGUCAUAUCAACAAGCAUCACUUCGACCACUCGGCUAUGGACCGACAUCUGGCGACCCGUGGAGGAGAUCCGGACAUGGUCAUGGAAGGCCAUCGAUACCCCGCAGGAGGCAGAGCAAACCACCGCGGUUAUCAAUUACUCCAGCGGAACAACAGGUCUACCCAAGGGAGUGGAAAUUACACACUACAACCUUGUCGCAAAUUGUACUCAGCUUCUGGAAAAGCGUCUUCUCCCGCCAAAGACUCAGACUGGAAACGAGCGUAGAGCGAGGCUUGACAUUUCAGGCGAGAGAUGGCUGGCACCCCUACCCAUGUAUCAUGCAUACGGACAAACAUAUUAUUGUGUCAAUGCUGCCGUACUACAGGCCAAGGUUUUCAUCAUGAAGUCAUUCUCAGUCCAGCAAUACUUGUUGUACUUGGACAUUUACCGAGUCACUUUUAUGGCGACUGUUCCGGCUAUCAUGGCAACCAUCGCCAAGCAGCCGAACCCUUCGAUCUACAACUUGUGGGCUAUUGAGACAGUGCUCAGUGGAUCUGCCCCACUAAGCCCCGAUCUUGGCCGUGUCAUUGAGAGAAUGUACCUCCGAGCCGGUGUAUCCGUCAAGCAGGGAUGGGGUAUGACGGAGACGACUUGCUCAAUCACUGGAUUUGCCCCGGAUGAUCAAGACGAUGGACGAUCUAUUGGGUGGCUGAACCCAAACUGUGCGGCGAGAAUUGAGAGCCUUGAGGAUCGAGAUUUCAGCGGUGCUGCCCCUGCCGGUGCUACUAUAGGUGAGAUAUGGGUGGCUGGGCCGAACAUAAUGAAAUGCUACUAUAAGAACCCGAAAGCAACUGAAGAAGCUAUAGUUGUUGCCGACGGAGUCCGAUGGCUGAGAACCGGCGACAUCGGAUACAUUGAUGAGCGCGGCUGCAUCUAUAUUGUGGACCGUUUAAAGGACUUAAUAAAGGUGAAAGGCCUUCAAGUCGCACCUGCUGAACUCGAGCAAUAUCUUCUUACCCACCCUGAUGUUGCUGACGCGGCCGUCAUUGGAGCUAAGAUAAACGGAGGAGAGUACCCACGCGCAUUUGUAGUUCGCAAAAAAGGGGCCGUUACAAAGGAGGACCUUGCGCAGAUGAUCAAGUCGCACUUCGCUCCUCACAAAUGGCUGACUGGUGGUGUGUACUUCCUUGAUGCCAUUCCGCGGACAGGGAGUGGUAAGGUGAUUCGCCGUGAUUUGCCUGUUAUCCAGACAGAAACCCAGCCAAUUCGUGGUCGAUUGUGAUCCUACAGAUAGUAGAACCGUUUCAGCCAUGAAAUAUGCUAGAG